AUGGCAUGCCGAAACCCCAUCAUCCCCGGUUUUGCGCCGGAUCCAUCGAUCGUCCGAAUUCAAGACACAUUCUACCUGGUCAACUCGUCCUUCCACCUCUACCCGGGCCUUCCCAUCUUUGCAUCCAAAGAUCUAAUCGACUGGACACAUAUCGGGAACGCCAUUCACCGACCAACACAGCUGAGUCUCGCGAGGUCCUGCACAAAUCUUAUCUUCUCCUCGGACGAUUCAAUCGAAAAAGCCCCAGUAACUGGGGGACUCUAUGCGCCCACGAUUCGGCACCAUGACGGAACAACUUACAUCAUCUGCACGAACGUGGUCUACAACGAAGCCGAAGACACGGGGGACUGGGCAUCUGGUCUCUCAUUCCAAAGCUUCAUAAUCUCGACGACGGACAUCCGCGCCGGCCAGUGGAGUGAUCCGAUCUUCUUCGACUACCAUGGCAUCGAUCCGGAUCUGUUCUUUGACGACGACGGCCGCGCCUACAUCAGCGGCUCAUCCUGGCGCCCUUCACCGUCGUGCGGUAUCAGUUGCUUCGAGAUCGAGAUCGAUACAGGACGCAAGCUAAGCGAGGAAACGAUGCUCUGGUACGGCCAUACUCAGAUAAUCCCGGAGGGCCCGCAUAUCUACAAACGCGGGGGGUAUUACUAUCUGCUCGUCGCAGAAGGAGGAACCCACGAAGGACACUGCAUCACUAUCGCUCGCGCAUCUAGCAUUUGGGGCCCGUAUGAGUCCUGCGAUCGCAACCCAAUUCUCCAAUCGACCGGUAUGCACGAUCCGUUCGCCUAUUGUCACUAUAACGGACACGGGGAUCUGGUCCAGGACCUGCAAGGCGACUGGUGGAUGGUGUGUUUGGGGGUGCGAAAGGACAGAGCCGGGCGGAUGAUCCUUGGUCGCGAGACCUUUUUAGCAGCGGUGAAAUGGCCGGCUGGUGAGAUUUGGCCGCAGAUCGAGCAUCCAAUUCCGCGGGCGAUGUAUCGACGUUUGGAGGGGGGCAAUGCCGAAGGGGACAGUGGCUGCUCGACGAUGUCGUCGCCGAUGGAGAUGAUUCCAUCUCCGUUGUCCCCGGACAUGGAUCUGGUCUGGAUUCGAGAUCCGGAUUUCAGUCGGAGUUGGAUUUCAACAGACGGGAGAUUGGUUUGUCUAUUAGCCUCGCCGACGGAUCUUGGGGAAUGUACCGGGCAGUCGAUGUCCUUCAUCGGAAGGCGCCAACGUCGUCUCGCUGGCUCCGCCUCUGCUGCCCUGGUUCUUUCUCAAGAGUCUGAUACUGAAGGAGCCGUAGACGCCAAGCUUGGUUUGGCGUAUUACAAGGACGAGCACCGGUAUGCGAUGAUUAUGUAUGAACCUGGUGUGAGGACGGUGGCUUUCGAAGUAUUAAAUCGCGCCAAGGACCCACAGGUGUGGAGGGAAAAGCGAGUGGAGGUCAACUGUGAAGAUGCUAAGACGAUCACCUUCAGAAUCGUGUAUACGGAGCAGCUCAUCUACUUUUUGUAUCGAUUGGGAUCGACGGCCGAUCGAGAAGGGUGGAAUCCGUGUGUGUUGGUUGACACGCUGGACUUGUCGGGGCACGACUUUACCGGGCCUGUCAUCGGGGUGUUUGCUACCGGGCUUGGAGAGGAGUGGAAUAGAUUUGAAGAGGUCGAUAUAUAG